AUGUCUAAAUCGUGGCAAAUUCAUCAAAGUUUAUAAGAAAGUUUAUGUUCAUAAUUGAAUAAAGAUGAAAUACUUGAAGAAUUUUUAUAAGUUUGUAAUCACAUAGCAAAUGAAGAUUAAAAUAGUAUCAAAAGUUUGAAUUCAAAAUUAUAAACUAUUAAAAAACACUAUGCUUAAUAAAAAUGUAGGAUUGAUCAUCAAUUUAAAUACAUACAGACUUUAUUAGAAUAAAAAAGAAAAGAAUUAAUCACUUAAUUAAAUAAUCAUGAAAUGGAUUUAGAUAAAACAUUUUAAAAUCUAAGAGAUGAAGUCACUUAAAUCUAAUCAGUUGUCUUUAAUAUCUAAAAUGACAUACUAAGUAAUAGAUAAGAAAUUCUAUCAGAAGUAGAUGAAGAAACUUUUUAGAAUAUCCUCACUCAAUUUGAUUAAUAAAUAUAAAUGGCUUAAAAUUAUAAGAAAGAACUAUUAUCAACAAGAAUAACAUUAAUUAUAAUUGAAGAAUGGAAAGCUAGUCAUUAAGAUGUGAUUAAGCAUCUCCUUAAUUAAUCAAUUACAAUCAAAGAUUACUAAAAAUAAAUAGAACCUCAUCAUUCAGAAUUGAGUGCCUCUACUUGCAGUGAUAAAAUGUAUUCAUCAAACAGAUCAAGUUAAGAGCUUCCAAUUAAAUAAACUCCCUUAAUUAUUAGUUUUGAUUAAAAGUACUAUAUGCAAUCAAAGUAGACUGAUAUAACAAAAUCUGAAUCAGAUAUACAUGAUAGUUGUGAAUCAGAUUUCUUAGAGGAAUGGGCUAAACAAUGA